GCGAGGCGGACUGCAUUUUGGAGAAGCCGAUCGCGAAACAAGCGAGGAGGUCGGCGGGGACAUUGAGGAGGAAUUGCAUCACUUGAGUCUGAAUGAUUAUAAAUCUGUUUAAGGAGUUAUUCGAGGGAGGUCUGGGGCGAUACAGGGGCGGUAAGGCGAGCUUGCGUGUGCGGGAGGGGGCGACGCCGGUGUUCCACCGCGCGCGGCCGCUGCCGUAUGCGCUGCACGAGAGAGUGGACGCCGAGCUGGACGCCAUGCUGCGCGCCGGCGUCAUCGAGCCCGUUGACUGCUCCGACUGGGCCUCGCCUCUGGUACCUAUUAAUAAGCCUGAUGGAUCCCUUAGGAUUUGCGCGGAUUAUAAAGCUACAUUAAACCCGUCUUUGCUGGUCGACCGUUAUCCAUUGCCAAAAAUUGAAGAUGUAUUGGUAAAUUUAAACGGAAAUAUGUUUUUCAGCAAGAUUGACCUCUCACAAGCGUACAAUCAGAUAGAAUUGGAUGAAUCUAAAAAGUACACGGUGAUAAACACGCAUAAAGGUUUAUUCCAAUAUAAUAGAUUAGUGUAUGGAUUAGCUUCAAGUGUAGGCAUAUUCCAACGUAUCAUGACUAAUGUACUGAGCGGUAUACCUAAUGUGCAAGUAUUUUUAGAUGACGUAAUAAUUGGCGGUAAAUCCCGAAUGGAACAUUUACAGGCCUUACAAACGGUUUUUCAACGUUUAUUGGAUAAUGGAAUGAAAUUAAAGAAAAGUAAAUGUGUAUUUCUGGCCGAAGAGGUAACUUAUCUCGGUUAUGUGGUUUCUAGAGACGGCAUAAAGCCGGACAGGUCAAAAAUCGAAGCUAUUGUGAAAAUGGAACAACCAAGUAACGUAUCCGAGUUAAGAUCUUUUCUCGGCAUGGUUAAUUUCUUCGGAAGGUUUGUUAGGAAUCUUAGUUCAACAUUGUGUCCCUUAUAUCAAUUGUUACGAAAAGGUGUGGAGUGGAAUUGGAAUGCGGAUUGUGCGCGCAGCUACUCGGAGGUAAAACAAUUACUUGUUAGCGUAAAAAUUCUCGCUCAUUACGACCCUAGUAAGCCAUUGAUAGCAACAUGUGACGCGAGCGCGCGCGGGGUGGGGGCCGUGCUGACGCAGCCGGACGGGCCGCGCGGGGAGCGCCCGGUCGCCUUCGCAUCUCGAACAUUGACUAGCGCCGAACAGAAUUAUUCACAAAUACACCGAGAAGCGCUUGCUAUUAUUUAUUGCAUAAAGAAAUUCCAUCAGUACUUGUACGGGAGGCAUUUCAUACUGCGUACGGAUCACAAACCGCUCGUGUCGAUUUUUGGUCCGAAUACAGGCAUACCUACUAUGACGGCCAGUAGGAUGCAGCGCUGGGCGAUCAUCAUGUCCGCUUACCGUUAUGAUAUUGAAUAUGUCAAUACUAAGAGCAACUGUGCAGAUAGUUUAUCGAGAUUACCUUUAAAGUCGGUUGAAAAUAGUUACGGGAAAGUUCCGGAACAGACUUAUUUGCAUUUUGCGCAACAGGCGAUGUUAUUAGACUAUAAUGAAAUUAAAAAGCAGACUCGUAGGGACAACAUAUUAAGUCGGGUACUUAGUUACGUACGAGAUGGCUGGCCCGAGCAGUGCGACAUUGAUGGCUUAAAACCGUAUUUUAACAGGAAAACAGAGUUGUACGAGGAAUUGGGUUGUCUUAUGUGGGGCCAUAGGGUGGUCAUUCCCGAGGGUUGUCGAGGUAAAGUCUUAGAUAUAUUACAUGAGCCUCAUAUGGGCAUUGUGAAGUCCAAGGCAUUAGCACGUAGUUACGUGUGGUGGGCAGGCAUAGACGAGGCGGUGGAGGGCGUGUGCCGCGCGUGCGCCGUGUGCGCCGCGCACGCGGCCGCGCCGCCGCAGCACGCGCCGCGGCCCUGGCCGUGGCCGGCCCGCCCAUGGACUAGGCUACAUUUGGACUUCAUGGGGCCCAUCUAUGGUACAGGAGACGUCAGACGAAUUAAUAACGGUUCGGAUGACAUUUCCUCGGUGGACAGAGAGGACGGGUCGCAGCAGUCAACGGAGGCGGCGCCCACGGCGUCAGCGGCGGUGACGCCGGUGGGCACAGAGGCCGAAGCGGAGGCGGGAGAUGAUGAACGUUUUCAUACUCCAGAAAAGCAGUUUACUGCUGUAGAACAACCUGCCUCGCCUACCACCUCUGUCCCUGUAUCACCUCGGACACGACCUCAGAGACAGUGUCGUUUAAAUAAACCUCCUAGAUAUAAGUUUUAA